CUUGGUGCUGCGCAAGUAUCCAAACAUCACAAUGGUCCAUGUCUCAAACAAGGUGGCCAUCUCAGGUACAAGCUAUGCGCCAGGAAUGUUGCUGUGUUAUGGUUCAACUGGAGGUUUGCCUGACUUUGCUGAAGUUUCUCAGAUCAUCUUGGUUUUGGAUAGCAUAGUCUUUGUUGUCAAACUACUAAAUGGAUGGUACAAUGAGCACCUCAGGAGCUAUGAGCUAGAGUACACAGGCAACUUCCAAAUAAUUGAGCCGAAAGAACUACUUGAUUUCUAUCCCCUGGCUAUGUACACUAUUGCAGGACGACGAGUUGUUACCUUAAAACACCACAUCAACACCCCCUUUUAAAUAUGCAAUGGAUUUUUUUUUUUCUUAUUUUUUUUUUUUAAGGAUUUUCUUUUUUUUCCAGUGUCUUCCUGCCUGCUCAGAUGUCCACCCCAGCAAAGCUACGGAGCAUUUUUGAUGAUCAUACAGUGCACAAAUUGCUUCUGCCAUCAGGUAUCCCCAGUACUCUACAGGAUCUCAAGCUUGUCAUCCAGAGCACAUUCAGCACUCCAGAUGGCUUUACUCUGAUGUAUCAAGAUGUGGAGUUUGGGGGUCAGUUCUUCACAUUGACGUCUAUAGAAGAUGUGCAAGACAUGGGUACCCUGAAAGUUGUCCAAGUUGAAGCAGUCAUUUUAAAUCUCAGCGCUGUGGAAGAAGAUGACAACUUACCAGAAUCAGACGUCAUGUCAUCCACAUCUUUAGCAUCCCAGGACACCGUUUUGCUUUCUUCAUCAUCUGAUGAAAGUCCUGCAUCAUACCGUUCCCGACCAUGGCCAAGACAGUUCGAUAUUCCACCAUUUUCCUUUGAAAUUCAGCUCUUGCUGGAGGCAGGAAACCGAGCUUACAACGCCAAUGGAACUCUCUUAAACAACCCAAAAGUGACAAGAAGCGUUCUCGAGAAAUUAGCUGAGAUAAUGUUUCAAUACACAGCUUACCCAACAGGAAUCCAAGUGAUGCACGUAGUUGAGGCCUUGGCUGAGAAGUAUCCAUGCCUCAAAGAGCCAGGCUCAUUCAAUGGCAUGUAUGGAUGGCAACAAAGAAUCAAGUAUAAAAUGGCCAAUUAUCGGGCAAAAGUAAGAGGGCUCCAAAUUGCCUGUCCAGAGCUAGAGGUGAACUCUUCAAGAAAGAUGACUUCCCGUCCCAAAGGCCUCAAAAGACCCAAAAAGGCUGAAGUAAAUUAUUUGCCGCCAUUGGCACAUGGAGAAACAAAAGAAACAAUGGAAGAAGAGAGGGUGGUUCUACUCACAGAAGUGAAAAAGACCAACAACAACAAGAUUAUCAGUGAGAAAAUGGAGAAGACCUUUCCAUAUCGGCGGUUGGAGGUUGUCAACCAGAUGCCUGCUGUCCCAGAUGCCAUGGAGAGAUGGCCUGCCCUUUUCUACGAAUCUCAGGUGAAGGAGGAGUUCAAGAGGAUCACAACUAUCAACCUGGACCGAACCUUUUUGACUAAGAUGGAUUUAUACACUCCAAAACUCCUGACUGUUUUCAAGACAAAGGGUGGGACUUCAGGCACAAAAAUAAAAAGUGUGUUGGAGUCACUCAAUCAGCAACAGAUCGAUAGCCAUGAUGCGGUCAUCCGUUGUCUGAUCCAUUUCCUGGGAGAAUCGACAGAGGAGCUCAUUAAGGACUACCAGCAGGAUGUUUCCAAGGAUGUCAUCGAACAAGACAUCAAAGACGGUGUGAUCAAGAUCCUUGUGCUGGGCAGUGCUGCAGAGGGUGCCCCCCCAACUGAUGUCAUCAUUGUGGUUGAUGGUACAGAGGUAUUGGGUGGUUGUAAAACACUCACCAAUGCUUGCAUUCUGCUCAUGGGCUUUGUGUACUCACUGAAUCUCAGUUAUCCUCCAAAAUUGAAAUACACAUUUGAAGUGUUUCAAAAGUUGCUUUUGGAGUUGGAUGAUUUAAAGUUCUCCCCAAGAGUGGAUUCUCUGAGAAGGAAACUGUUACAGUAAAAGGGAAAUGUGACUACAGCUCAUGCAGCAGAUGCAAUUGACUUAAUUGCGAAGUUGUUCAUAACUGUUCAUGAAAGGCUUUUAGUUAUGCACCUUGUUCUUUAGUGUAGGUUUGUUUCAUGACUUGAAUUACAGUAUGUAAAAAUGGACCUGUACAGGUUGGUGGCUUUUUUUUUUUUUUUUUAAAGAUUUGCAUUCUUUCUUGACUUUGAAUUUUCCAUUUUUCCAGGUCCAUUUACUAAAUUCCACUCACCAACGCUUGCAUUCUGCUCAUUAUUUUUGUUUCUGCUUUUUUUUAUAUCUUAUGAUUUUAUAUUUUCAUGUAGAAAAUGCCCAAUUUUGUUUGUGUA